UUUCAGGGAACAGAGGACGGUUUCAGUGGCCGGUUCAAUAGAACAGGAAUAAGUAGAAGUUUGAACUGAAGCAUAAAGCGUCUUAAAGUCCUUGUGUGGAGUAACUGCUGCCGCGAGCCGCUCGGCACGUGCCUUCUCCGGAUUAGAUGAGACGGAUUUCAGGAUGAGGAGCGACCCGGUUCUGUUCGGCUCUAACAGGGCGAUGGAGGAGCUGGUGUGUGAGCUCCGUCUCUUCCUGGACCUGUUGGACAGGGAAUAUCUGAGUGCGGGGGUUCGAGAGAAGAAGCUGCACCUCUCGAACAUUCUGCACCGAGUUCUCUCAGAAAAAGAGCCUUCCUUCAAGUCAGAGAUCAGCAGUGGUCUGCCGGCCCCGCCUCAGAUGCCCCUCCCUGAGAUCCCUCACCCCUGGCUGCCUCCAAACAGCGGCCCCCCCCCUCUGCCCAGCUCCUCUCUACCAGAAGGCUACUAUGAGGAAGCAGUUCCUUUAAGUCCUGGAAAAGCUCCCGAAUACAUCACAGCUAACUAUGACUCGGACGCCAUGAGCAGUUCUUAUGAGUCGUAUGAUGAGGAAGAGGAGGAUGGAAAGGGCCAGAAGAUGCGUCACCAGUGGCCAUCUGCAGAGGCGUCCAUGGAUCUGGUGAAGGAUGCUCGGAUCUGUGCAUUCCUGCUGCGCAAGAAGCGCUUUGGACAGUGGACCAAACUGCUCUGUGUCAUCAAAGAUAACAAACUGUUGUGUUACAAGUCCUCCAAAGACCACACCCCGCAGAUGGAGCUGACCCUCCUUGGGUGUAGCAUCACUCACGUUCCGAAAGAUGGCAAGAAGAAGAAGCAUGAACUUAGGAUAGUCCACCAGGGAGCGGAUGCGCUGGUGCUGGCCGUGCAGAGCAAAGAGCAGGCAGAGGAGUGGCUUAAGGUGAUGAGAGAUGUGUGUGUUAAUGGGGGCGUAGACUUGGAUGGAACUGGAUCUGGUUCACCAGUGCACAAACCUGAACUGGAAAAGAAGGCAUCUUAUGAUAAACCGAGUUCUGAUGGUGAAGCAACUCACGAGAACGGACACAGCGACUGCAAAGACCAAGGAAAAGGGAAGAAGAAUGCAAAGUCUGAGCAGAAGACUGGGACGGUGGGGAAGGGAGCAGGGAAGAAGAUCACCAAAAUGAUCGGCCUGGGCAAGAAGAAGCCGUCCACAGACGAACAGACAUCUUCAGCAGAAGAAGACGUACCCACAUGCAGCUACCUAAACGUGUUGUCCAAUAACCGUUGGAGAGAGCGUUGGUGCCGUUUGAAAGACAACCAGCUGCUUCUCCACAAGGACCGCGAUGACUUGAAGAGCCACAUCGCCUCGUUGCCCCUCCGAGGCUGCGAGGUCAGUCCUGGCCUGGAUCACAAACACCCAUUUGCCUUCCGCCUGCUUCGUAACGGCCAGGAGGUUGCAGUACUGGAGGCCUCUUCCUCUGAGGAGAUGGGACGAUGGUUGGGGAUUUUAUUGGCUGAGACUGGAUCCACCACUGACCCAGCUACAUUGCACUACGACUACAUCGAUGUCGAGACCACCGCUAAUGUCAUCCAGCUGGCCAAGCAGUCCUUCUGUUUUACAAGUAAGCGUGCUGUCUCUCCGAACCGGUACCUGGACAACCCAGUCAACGGCUACGCCUGCCCCAGCGGCAUGGCUCUCCACUAUGAUGAUGUGCCCAUCAACGGAACGCUGAAAGGGAAGAAGGGAACUGGGCCUAAUGGGGGGGCAUCAAAACAGAAGGCAGAGCCAAAGAACCAGCCCAAAAAGAAUGGAGUCAACGGGACCAAGGGGACAGCUUCUCUGCAACGCAACAGCUCCAAUGCAGAGCAGUGUAAGUAUGGGAAGAACCGGGUGGAGGCCGACGCCAAGCGGUUGCAGACCAAAGAGGAAGAGCUGAUGAAGAAGAAGCAGGAGAUCAGGAACCAUCUGACCCAGCUGAAGAAGGAGAGGACUGAGCUGCGCACUGCAGUGGAGACUUCAUCUGGCAAGCGUUCCCUGGCCUCUCUGACGGAGCGACUGAAGAAGGUGGAGGAAGACUGCAAGAAGAGGGAGGAGGAGCGGGUGACCCUAGAGCUGGAGCUUACAGAGGUAAAGGAGAGCCUGAAGAAAGCCCUGAGCGGGGGGGUCACCCUGGGCCUCACCAUUGAACCAAAAGCUGGCUCUGGAGUCAAGUCACCAGCCAUGUUGCGAAGAACCCAGGAGUCUUCCCCAUUCUCGAGCUGUGACACCAGUGACACAGAGUCGUGCUCGCUGCCGGUCAACAGCGCCUCGCUGCUCCGCAGGCAGCAGGGCCAGAAGGCGCCGGCGGUCCGGGGCCACGUCCUAAGGAAAGCUAAGGAAUGGGAGCAGAAGACAGGCACAUAACCCCCCCAUCAUAUCAGUCUAUUUUCUAUCCUUUUUUACCUUUCAAGGAAAGUGUGUAUAUAUUUAUUUAAACCUUUCAUACAGUCCGUUGGGUAACACACAAGCAUGGCAAUCACACGAACAGAACCAGUUGUUGCUUUUAGUAUCCUGACAGUACUACGACACACAGACGUAGCGGCCCUUUAAACUGUGUCACCAUGGAGUUGUGCGACCUCCGCUGUGCUUUCUGUUCCAGCAGAUUGACAGUGUGGGUUCAAAAAGGUGAAAACCAAAUAUUUAUUUGUAAAGGUGUAGAGCAAAUACUAGCUUCCCAUUGUUUAUUUAUGUUGAUAUAUUUAAAGCCUGAUUUUGAUGAAUGGGUUGUGCUUAACAGACUCCCAUCUCCUACCCUCACAGAUGUCAGCCUCUGCUAGCAAAGAGCAUUUAAAUAAUCAUAAACAACAGCAGCAUUUAUCAGAUCAAUAAGAGUAGCAUUAGUUAAGAAAGAUGUACUUUUAUUAAUCCCUGUUGGGGAAAUUCGAGAAUUCUGCAUUUGACCUAUUCUAGAGUCAGGAGCAGUGGCCUGCCAUAUGUACGGCACCCAGAUAGCAGUGUAGGGAACUCCACGGUAGCACUUGGUCUGACCUUCCAGUUCCCAGGCCAAGCCCCUAACCACUUUGCAACCACCGCCUCACUGUUAGCAUUGCACAGAUGCUUCCCGGAUCAUCUGAACUCUGAAAAAACAAUGCAUUGUGGAGGUUCAUGUGUAGGGCUGGGUUUAUGAUAAGCUGUAUAGUUGUAGAAAAAUACAACACUAUUUGACAUUUUAUUCAUAAACUCAUUCCAUGAAUAACAACAGUUAUUAUUUAUUUUCUUCGUCAAGGUUGGGAAAGUUUAAGGACCUUUUUACAAACAAAUGAUUGAUAAUGUAAUUCAUUAUUAAUACAAUGUGUUUUAUGAGUUAUUACAUGAAGACAAAUAAUGCCAAUAUUUACUGAUCCUUGAAGAUUUCAAUACAACAUAAGCUUGUAGCGCUGCUAUCAAAACAAUACUCAAUAUGGUGACAAACGAGGCGCAAUCCAGACAUCUGACUAGCAGAAUUUGCUAAUGUCUUUUCCCUCUGGUGGAAAAAAAUCUACCAAUACCAGGUCGAGAAAUAGUGAGAUAAAAAUGAGCACAAUUGAGAUGGACGUAGCUCUACGGAUAACAGAAACUCAAAAGUGGAAAGAAUCAUCUUGAUCAGUGUAACUAAGUCAGCUUCUGUGUUGAUGGAAAAUGACUUUGAUAAGACAGAUAUUUCACCACCGCAGAAAGGGGCAAACAUGAUCAAGACUUCAGACAAAUAAAUUACGUGAACUAGUAAUUAUCCAGUUGCCAGUUUUGGCAAGCUACAACCACAAAUGAAAUGCGUUCGUGCAUGUGUGUGUGCCUGCUUGCGUACCAAGACACAUUCUAAGCCCCUCAAAUAUAAUAUUCACAAACUCAUUGAUCUCACAUUUCUAUUAGAGCUUCCAAUUGCUUUUUAUUUCUCUGAUACACUGUGCUGUGUUGGCUGUCAUGUUUGUUCUGCUAGAUUGCUUUGGACUGUUAACAGAAGAAGUGUUAGCAUUCACUACUGAUAGAGUUUGGAAAUGCUACAUACAGCACAGCUAACUGCUCCUCGCAUCUCAAUAUGUUCUAUUGCUUUCUUAUUUUUAAACCAAUACCCCACAAGUCUGUGAACUAGUGUGUGCGCAGCAUGUCAAAUUGAAGAAAGAGGCAUAUAAGAGGUCAUAUCUACACGUUUUGGUAAAUGGGGAUUCCUGGUUUUAUCACCAUGGCUUAUACCCAAGCAAAAUGUCUGACGUCAGUAAAUGUGAACCUGUUGUACAUAGCGUAGCUUUGUGUGGGGGGCUUUAGGGGCACUGCAUCAGUAUUUGUUUUUGCACCUUAUACAUUUUCUUCUAUGUUGAAUACUUAGACAGUCUCCGUCUUGGUGACAGAAAUGCUUGUAAAUAUUUUAAUAAACUUCCUGACAAACCACUCAGUGACUGUUUGUUAUUGGCACCCUGAUGGGUGAGUGAGAUAGUAUUAUGAUAGUUUAUGAUUCAGAUUCUGGUCGUGAGGUGCUCUGAUAAAACGCAACUGUUUUACUGACUAAUAUAAGGUGAAUUAUAAAGGAAUAUUCUAGAUUGUUAAAUGACAAUCCUAGAAUAUGAAUGAACAUUCUAGAAUGUAGAAUGAAAAUUCUAAAUUGUAUAAUGGAAAUUCUAGAAUGUUGAAUUGCAAUUCUAGAAUGUUGAAUGACUGUAUGGGUCAUUUUAUGUGUGUUGUUGUCAUGUCCAUUUAGUUUGUUUUGUAUUUUUCUUCCAAUAUUAUUUUGAACAUCACUGUUGGCUGUGAUUCGCUGCACUGGGGUGUAUAAAUAGGGGACAUAGGUUAAAGGUAAGGGAUGGAACACAGGUGAAGGGCCAAUAGUUCUUACCAGACCACGGACACCGGAACAACAGACCCGGCAGAACAUAUCGUAUUGUAAACUAAACUGUAAAUAACCCUGAACUAAACUGCAUCUGCUGACCGGAAAACCAUCUUGUUUGGGAAUGCAUACGAUCACUCUCACCCUCAUCUGUGAUAUUAUGACACCACGGAAUGUUGAAGGACCAUUCUAGAAUUUUGAGUGGAAAUUCUAGAAUGUAGAAAGACAAUUCUAAAAUGUUGAAUGAAAAUUCAAGAAUGUUGAAUUGCAAUUCUAGAAUGUUGAGUGGACAUUCUAGAAUGUGACUGACAAUACUAGAAUGCUGUGUCGAAUUUCUAGGAUGUUGAAUGACUAUUGUAGAUUGUUAAAUGACAUUAUAAAAUUUGAAUGAACAUUCUAGAAUGUUGAA